GCCGUUCCCAUGGCCACGGGCAGCCGGGCCCGCCGCCCGCGCAGCGAUGCCCAAGGCCAGUGAUACUUUAUGGGAUCUUGCUAUAGCUGAAGUGGAGGAGAAGAGAGAAAAUCCUGACGAUGAUGAUGUUGUCAAGCCAGGGGAAGUUUGGGAAAAAUCAGUAUUAUUUAUGGGAAACAAAAAUGGGGGAAAGACCACUAUCAUACUGAGAUGCCUUGAGAGGGAAGAGUCUCCAAAGCCAACAUUAGCCUUGGAAUAUACUUUUGGAAGAAGAGCAAGGAGACACAAUACACCUAAAGAUGUAGCUCAUUUUUGGGAAUUAGGUGGUGGAACCUCAUUAGUGGAACUCAUUCGGAUACCAAUCACUGUCCACAACAUAAGGUCAUUUGCUGUAGUUCUGGUGUUGGAUCUCUCCAAACCUAAUGAACUCUGGACCACUAUGGAGAGCCUUCUGCAGGUCACCAGGAACCACGUGAAGAAAAUUUUAACCAAACUAGAAAAGACAAACCCUGAAGUAGCUGCUGAAAUUAAACAGAGAAUGUGGAACAAUCUGCAGAGGGAUCACCCUGACAGUGCAUUAGUUGACCCUUUUCCAAUACCCUUGGUGAUAAUUGGAAGCAAAUAUGAUAUUUUUCAUGAGUUUGACUCUGAAAUGAGGAAAAUAAUAAGCAAGACACUUCGAUUUGUUUCACAUUAUUGUGGAGCCUCAUUAGUGUUUACCAGUAAAUCUGAGGCUCUCCUGCUGAAAGCCCGUGCUCUUAUCAAUCACUUGGCAUUUGGCUACGAUAAAAGCAAGUCUGUAUCAGUGGAUCCCAGCAAACCUCUCUUUAUACCAGCAGGCCUGGAUUCCAUGAGUCAAAUAGGACCACCACCUGCCUCUGACAGUGAUCUUGGAAAGAUGCGUGCCAACACGCCUUUGGAACUAUGGAAAAAAGUAUUUGAGAAAACAUUUCCUCCCAAGAGUUUCUCUGAUUUACAAGAUACCAAGGACCCUGCACAGGAUAGUCAAUAUGCUGAGUAUGAAGUUGAUGUCAUGAGAGCUCAGAAAAACCAGGAACUUGAACAAUACAAAAGAAAUGCCUCUAAAUCCUGGAAAGAAAUGGAUUUUGACUCUGAUUGAUGAACUGCUCUGUCUUCGGUUUAACACCAUUUACCAAACUAUUUUUAUAAUUUUUACAUUACAUUAGCAAUUUCAUCUGAUGCAGUUGAAACUAUAUAAUAUCAAACUAUGAAGUUGGUAUUUAUUGAGCAUUCCUGUUAUUUUUAUAAAAGGAGCUGUUUAUUCACUCAGUCCAAAUUAAUUUAUCUUGGCACUGGCAAAGAGUUUUAAAAAGUGGGGAGAAAGGAAUUCUAGAUUGCUCUCAGGUGGGUUUGUAUAUGAAGACUGACAUUAGUAGUUCAACCUAAUUUAUAACACAUUAUUUGAUUUACUUUUGAAUACUUCUACCCUCAGCAUAUAUUUAAAUAUAAACAAGUUUUCACACCCAGAAUAUGAAAUUGUGUAGUGUGCUAGGCGUCUUUUUGUAGGUCAAAACCAAAGCUUAAGAAAUACUUUCACAAUUGUUUGAUAUAUUUGAAUUAAUAAAAAAACCCCUAAAACUGGCAGAAUAAAGUGGAGUUAAAACCUU